AUUUCCAAUUUCCAUCUCCAUCUUCAUCUCUUUACUAAACUAAACCCCCACUGUACUUCCUUCCCAAUUUCAAUUUUUGCUCCAAUUUCUAUUCUAGGGUUUCUCUCUGACUACUCCCAAAUUUAACCUUCCCCCCCCUUUCCAUCUCACUCUCUCAAUUCCUCUUUCGAUUUUCCUAAAAUCCCUAACUUCAUGAUCGUAUUCCACAUUCUCUCUUCUCUGCCCUGCCCCCGCCUGAAGAAUCCUCUUCUUUGAUCACUCACUGCUCCAGAUUCUCUUACAUCCGUUUGCCACUUCGAAGUUUAGCUGGAUAUCGAUUUUUCUGAUCUGGGCUGACUGGGGUUUUCGAUUUAAGGUAUGGAUGUCGAUGGAGGCGGCAAGCGCGUUUUUCAGAGGCUGGGCGCACCUUCUGGAGAUUCUAGGAAUCAGAAGGUUUGUUUCCAUUGGAGGGCGGGUAAAUGUAGUCGCUAUCCAUGUCCUUAUCUUCACCGGGAGUUAAAUGGUCCUCCACAUGCCGCUUCCAAUGGAGCUGCUAAUGCUGCCUCGAAGAGGGGUCAUGGAUUUGCUUCUGAUGAUUCGAGUGUUUCUGUUCCCCGACGGAGUCCCAAUUUUAGCGGCGGCUCGACGUGGGGACGAGUUCAUGGUGGUGGUAAUAGAAUAAUUAGAAAGACAGAGAAGCUUUGUAAUUUUUGGGUUCAGGGGAACUGUACUUUUGGUGAUAAGUGUAGAUACUUGCAUUCUUGGAGUUUGGGCGAAAGUUUCUCUCAUCUAACGCAGCUAGAUGGGCAUCAAAAGGUGAUAACUGGGAUCACUUUUCCAUCUGGUUCUGAUAAGCUUUAUACUGGUAGUAAAGAUGAGACCGUCAGGGUCUGGGACUGCCAGUCCGGGCAGUGCAUGGCCAUUAUUAAUCUUGGAGGACAAGUUGGUUCCAUGAUUGCUGAAGGCCCUUGGGUGUUUGUUGGCAUACCUAAUUGUGUGAAGGCAUGGAACAUUCAGACUUCAGCUGAUCUGAGUCUUAGUGGACCUGUUGGCCUAGUUUAUUCCCUAGUUGUGGGCAAUGAUUUACUCUUUGCUGGUACACAGGACGGGUCCAUAUUGGCAUGGAAAUUCAAUGUGGCAACCAACUGCUUUGAGCCAGCUGCAUCACUCUCUGGCCACACCCUUCCUGUUGUUUCAUUAGUUGUCGGAGCAAAUAGGCUCUAUUCUGGUUCCAUGGACCAUACUAUUAAAGUAUGGAGUCUGGAGUCUUUACAAUGUCUACAGACACUGACAGAUCACACAUCAGUUGUAAUGUCUGUACUUUGCUGGGAGCAAUUUCUCUUAUCGUGUUCGCUAGAUAAGACAAUAAAGGUGUGGGCUGCUACAGAAAGUGGAAACUUGGAAGUAACCUACACGCAAAAAGAAGACCAUGGCUUGCUUACUCUCUGUGGGAUGCAUGAUUUAGAUGGGAAGCCUAUUUUGUUAUGUUCGUGCAACGACAACUCUGUUCGCCUUUAUGAUUUGCCAUCGUUCUCGGAGAGGGGCAAAAUAUAUUCGAAGGAAGAAAUUAGAUCAAUUCAAGCUGGUCCAGGCGGCAUCUUCUUUACCGGUGACGGGACUGGACAAGUGAAAGUAUGGACAUGGUUGACCGAACAAGCAGUGGCAGCAAGCAUGUAACAUGUUAUGAGCUAAACAGUGUAACGUAAUUUGGUCUUCACCAGCUUGAUCUGAUAAGUUUAUACCUUUUUUUUUCCGGGGAGGGGAUGGUUAGUUCUUUUGUAAUGUACAAGUUGAGGGAGUCGAGGUUGAGAAUGCAAUUUUUUAUUUGUUAGGUUUUAAGGGAGAAGCAACAAAGACCAUUUAGAUGAAUUGCUACACAAUGAUCGAAGUGUCUGUAUUCGCUGAGUGGUGAAAAGUUGUAUGUGGCGCAUCAAGAAGAAAUAUAGAGCUGAAUAAGAUCCACAAAUUAUUGCUUCCUAAAGAAAAUAAUUCCGCUAUUCAAUCUGUCCUUUUUGUUAUGUCUUUGGACUGGGGCAUGCCUCGUCAUAUAUCAAGUGAAUGUGGAAAGAAGUUGAAUGUCAUAGCUGCUUUUAACGAUUUGAUGUUUCCAUAAUUGUAUUUAAAUGACAAGAGAUUGAAUAAAUUUCUUACGUUUUGUUAUUUUAA